GCCGCUGAAGGUGAACGGGCCGUCAUGGCGUUCUCGGCCGCGGGUCCGUACCUGACCCACCAGCAGAAGGUGUUGCGGCUCUACAAGCGGGCGCUGCGCCACCUCGAGUCCUGGGUCAUCCACAGGGAUAAGUACCGGUAUUUCGCGUGUUUGAUGAGAGCCCGAUUUGAGGAGCACAAGGAUGAAAAGGACAUGAUCAAGGCCACGCAGCUGCUGAGAGCUGCCGAGGAGGAAUUCUGGCACUAUCAGCACCCGCAGCCGUACAUCUUCCCCGACUCCCCAGGGGGCACCUCUCACGAGCGAUAUGAGGGCUACAAGGUCCCUGAGUGGUGCUUAGAAUACUGGCACCCUUCUGAGAAGGCCAUGUACCCGGAUUACUUCGCCAAGAGGGAGCAGUGGAAGAAGCUGCGCAGGGAGAGCUGGGAGCGUGAGGUGAAGCAGCUGCAGGCAGAAACCCCGCCUGGGGGCCCCGAGACCGAAGCUCUGCCCCCCGCUCGGAAGCCGGGGGAUUUGCCUCCGCUGUGGUGGCACAUUGUGACGAGGCCCCGAGAGCAACCCGUGUAAGAGGGAGCUGCUGCACUGUCGGCGUUUGCCGGUGAAUAGCCACGCCUGUCUCCACACGUCCCCAAUAAAUGAACGGAAGGUCGGCUGCA